GGAGCCCAGGCCCUGCGCGUGCGCAGACGGAGCGCGCUGAGCGGAGGGGGAGGUGGCCGGCAGCUUCUCCCGCGUCCGCCAUUUUGUUGCUGUGGCUAUUGGGAACGGGACGGGCAAAACCGCCCUGGAGGCGCGACGCUCCUCGGAGUUCGGUGCUUCGCGUGACCGCGGGGGUCGGUGAAGACCCGUGGGACUGCCGACCCGCCGCGUUCCAGGCCGAGAGUCACUGGAGGCACCCACGGUACGCCGGGUAGCCCGAGAAUCCCCGGGCGGCCUCCGCUGCGGCUCAGCUUUGCUCGCCCCGAGCCCCGGGCUCUACCCCGCAUUUCCCGGCCCGGCUUUCUCCGUGAGGCGGCCCCGGAGCAGGCGGGCGGCGGCGGAGGAUGCUGCGGGCCCGGAGCCGUGAGGAAGGUGCUGGCCCAACCCUCUAAGCGCGCUUCGAGGUGUGCCGAGAGGCCCUUCCUCGGCCCUAAAGCCGUCUGCCGGGCAAAGGCUUCCAGAGCAGGCGAGAGCGGCCGCCGCCCCGACCCGCCGUAGAGCCCCCGGCCCGACACCAUGUCUUCUGCCAGGUUCGACUCCUCAGAUCGCUCCGCCUGGUACAUGGGGCCGGUGUCUCGCCAGGAGGCGCAGACCCGGCUCCAGGGCCAGCGGCACGGCAUGUUCCUGGUCCGCGACUCCUCCACCUGCCCCGGGGACUAUGUGCUGUCCGUUUCCGAGAACUCACGGGUCUCCCACUACAUCAUCAACUCGCUGCCCAACCGCCGAUUUAAGAUCGGGGAUCAGGAGUUUGACCAUUUGCCGGCCUUGCUGGAGUUUUACAAGAUCCACUACCUGGACACCACCACCCUAAUCGAGCCUGCGCCCAGGUAUCCAAGCCCACCAAUGGGAUCUGUCUCAGCACCUAACCUGCCUACAGCCGAAGAAAAUCUGGAAUAUGUACGGACUCUCUAUGAUUUUCCUGGGAAUGAUGCCGAAGACCUGCCCUUUAAAAAGGGUGAGAUCCUAGUGAUAAUUGAGAAGCCUGAAGAACAGUGGUGGAGUGCCCGGAACAAGGAUGGCCGGGUUGGGAUGAUUCCCGUCCCUUAUGUUGAAAAGCUUGUUAGAUCCUCACCACACGGAAAGCAUGGAAAUAGGAAUUCCAACAGUUAUGGGAUCCCAGAGCCUGCUCAUGCAUACGCUCAACCUCAGACCACAACUCCUCUACCUGCAGUUUCCAGUACUCCUGGAGCAGCGAUCAACCCUUUGCCAUCCACACAGAAUGGACCUGUCUUUGCGAAAGCAAUCCAGAAAAGAGUACCCUGUGCUUACGACAAGACUGCCUUGGCGUUAGAGGUUGGUGACAUUGUGAAAGUCACAAGGAUGAAUAUAAAUGGCCAGUGGGAAGGCGAGGUGAAUGGGCGCAAAGGGCUUUUCCCCUUUACACACGUCAAAAUCAUUGACCCUCAAAACCCAGAUGAAAAUGAGUGAUUGCUGUUGCCCUGUUUCCUGCUGCUUCCUUGUUCUGCCUGUCAUAGUCUCCUUUGAAGUGGGAAAGCAUUCUCUCUCAUAAGGGAAGUCACACUGCAUUGCCGACGUCCAGCUUUCUGCAGACUGGCAGUCUCUCAUACACAUUUGGAAUGCACACAGCGGCUGCCUCCUGGCAUUUGUAUCAUAGUCGUAUUGUCAAAGAGUAGCCGAUUUUUAGAGUUUUUUUGGAUCAUAAACUGGAAAUACUGGUGGAAGCACACAAGUGGAGAGAGGUUGAUGAGGAAAGGAUCUUCCUCCUCAUCGCUGCCCUGUUUGUACCUGGGACUGAUUCUGUCAUGUUCGUCAGAGAAAGCUCGAGGCCAUGGGGAGAUACUGCAUGUUGCUGUUCCACAAAGCAGUGGCUGAGCUACCAUCUUGUUUUUCUUUGGACAAAGAGGAAAUGAACCUUAAUGAAGACAGAAUUUUGUCCUAAACCCCUGAAUCUGGCUUUUCUUUUGGUUUGGUUUGGUUUUAGAAGACUAAUUAAUUAGACUUGUGUGUUCUGAACAGGUUUUUAAGUAGCGGGUUGGAUUUUUCUGAUAGUCCAAGGAAUGCCACGUGCCUCUGAGUUUCUAAACUGAAGCUGCGUUAACUAAAGGAAUAUGAAAAGAACAACCCUGAAGCAGAGCCCUUUAUUGUCUUGGCUGCCAGUUGUACCUUGUUUCACCACAUAGCAAACAAUACACAAAAAAAUAAGCAGUCGGGGAGUGCCAAGCUAUAUGCACAGCCUCUUGGAUUACUUUGUCCCCAAAAGCAUGGGAGGGGGGUGCUUUGGGGAAAUCUUUACUCACCUUGUUUGCCAGUGAUAAGAGCAGUGGGCAGGGUCGGGGAGUACUGGGCCAGUUUUCUGUCCAGCUUUUCAAUGAAUGCACCCCUUAAUAAGGUUAGGAAUUAAAUUUUUUUAUUUAAAGUGUGGUUGUUCAUAGAAUCUUAGCAUUCAUUAAUGAAUCAUUAAAUGUCACUCACUGAAGCCCAGUCCUCCCUGCCCUGGCCCAGCUUCCCUAGGCUGCCAGAGAAAGAUGGUGCUGCUAAUACUGGUUCCACCAUCUAAGCGUCUGAGGUGCUCCCAAGCAAAGGAAAUGCAAGCUCUGGAAAUUGGUUAAUGUAUUUGACGUCUAGUGUUUUAGGGACUAGGGAGAACAUUAACCAAUUUACCAUUAACUGUUUAUCAAUUUGUUGAUGUUAAAGCAUUUCCCUAUUAGUUAAAAGAGGCCUGUUCAUACAAGCCAGCUGGUACAAAUGUGUGACUGAUCCGUCAUCUGCUGCACAUACCAGAUUAGAAUUCUGGAACCUUUGUCCAGUUCAGUCUGCUCUCCCCUCGGGACCCUGGUAAAGACAAGCCUCAGCUCAUAGUGAAGACUGCAGGUCUAGAAAUGUAGCAACAACCUAAUGAGGUCAUUUACUGAGCAUCUGCUAUAACUAUAGCCCUGUCUCUGGAGGUUCUUAGGUUUUGAGGUUUAGAGCGAUAUAUUCUGAUGACAGAACCAGCAACACAACCAUUUUCCCAUUCCUUUUUCAAUUUCUCUUUAAAUCAGUAUUCCAUCAGACAGAUAACUGCCGUUUUAAAGAAUCUUGAGACUGUUCCAGUGACAAAAUUAAUGAUCAGUUGGGAAAAGUUAACACCAUAGCUGCCUCUCUGUGGUUUUUCUCAAAAGACUUGAAAAUGAGCUCUUCCUAACCAGUGAGAAUUGUGGCCACAUCCUAGUUAGGUCUGUUGGGUAGGCUUGCUCUGAGUUCAGGCCCACCGGAGUACCCACAAAUGGCAGGGGUGUGUGACUGAGUCCCCAAACUCUGCCUUGGGACAGCCCUUGCCAUUCUGCCAGUGACCUGGGUUAGCCCUACCCUUGUUGGCGCCUGAGUGGAGUAUCUAGCAGAAGGUGGAAUGUGUGCCUUGUUCAAAGAAGGCAUAAACCCUUAGGCCUUUUUCAACCAGGUUGAGCUGAAGGGCUUGACACCUUUUGAUGAUGGCAGUUGACUCAGCAUAAGAAGUAUGUGGGCAUUUUGGAAAGCAAGGCUUCCUUUCAGCCAUGUCUACUGACACAACAGCAAGACCCAUGUUCUGUGGAGCACUUGAGAAUCCAGGCCCCUGUGAACUUAGGGGUUGGUUUUAUAAUGAAUCAGCUCAUGAUUUCAGCCCAUGAGAAUACACAUCUCCAGGGCUGCCAGAAGAUUGAGAGCUUAAAACAAGGUGAGCCUUGAGUUCUGAACUCUCAAGAUAUGUGCCAAAAGUAGUGACUUUUUGACUUAGAACCUUAUCCGUUUUUUAACGGGGCAGGGAAAUUCCCUUUGUCACACUAAGUUUAUGAGAUGCGCCCCUGCCUCGGCUUCGUGCCUGGGUGCCCCACUGGUCCGGGAAGACACAUGUGCUUUGUAGAGCAAUGCGAACCUCACCCAGCGCGGGGGUUUCAGUUGUGAUUGUUCAUUUUUGCUACUUGCCCUGCUCUACUGUAUUGGGUGUUAAAUUAACUGUGGUUUUUUACCUGGGAAGGAAACAAAUUACGUUUUAGAGGGCAUUGACUGCUUGAUUAAAAAUUAGUUUAUCCUGGGAAGAACCUCCAAUAUAGGAGUCAUACUUGUCAUGUCUGUGCUGUGUGGAGCCACCGAUUGCCAUGGUUAACGAAGAGGAAGAUGAGUUGACCAGCUGCCGUUUGACAACUUUGGUCACCCAGACUAGACACCUUCUGUGCUCAUGGUUGGAAAACUAAAGGGAGGGAAGGACAGCUGUGCCCUCCUCGGCGCCCACGAUUCCCUGGCACUGUGCUAGCUCUCCUUUACAGCUGUUUACAGACAAGGCGGGCCUAAGACAGACGGCCACUGCUCUUGUAAUGUUCGCUCAGAGAAGUAUGAACAUUUUAUUUUUGAAAAGGGAUGAUGUGGUUUUGUGCCAGGUGUUUGUAAUUUAAUCCUUUAAUAUUAUGGUCAUUAACCUCUUAAAAUGAAUGAGUUCUUGAUUGUUUUAACACAGUACCUAAGACUAAUGAUUUCUUGGACACCACUGAGCUCUGCCUCAACUCUACCCUUUGGGACCGGAGAACUAUAGUUGUCCCUGGUAACUGCUGUCAGUGUCGACACUGAGCUGGUUGUAUAUUCUAAAGGAGUAGAAGGACAGUUCUCUGAAACAGGAUCGUUGUCCCUACAGGAGGAACAGUGGCCUUGCUUCUUAGACGGUCUUCACUGUGUGUUUUAAAACAACAACAUAAAACUCUUUUGACCUGUAACUUAAAGAUCAUAAACUUCAGGCAAUAAUAUUUUCUGUGUAAGCUUUUAAAAUUAUUUUUGGGGAUCAUAGCUUGUUUUAUUUUGUGCUAUAAAAUUAACAGUAUUAAAUGACUUAUAUUCUUAGAAUACAUCGAGUGUCUUUUCUUAACAGAUUAGUGCCUUUUUAUUUUUGUAUUCCAUUUUACGUUACUGGUCCCAGCAUCAAAACCCUUGUUUCCAUGGCCUGUUUGUACAUUGUCUCAAUAAAACUUGCAUCAGCCGGUGGUGGCAGCA